GCGACUCCAAUGUCAACGAUGUAAACAACUUUACGGUCAUGGUUAAUGUGACCAAUACGGGUGACGAGAGCCUCAAGUUAUACAAGGACCCUCGUGGCACCCUGUCUUCAUUCCCAGAGAACACAUUUUCCAUCUCAUCCGUUGACGGUGAGGACCAUCCCGAAUUUGUAGGCGCAAGUGUCAAGUACGGAUUUGAUACCGCUACCGAGUUUGUCACUUUAGAGCCAGGCUCCAGUUUCAUUGCCAACCAUGACUGUAUGUCUCUUUCAUCCUAUCUGGCCCAAUUCGCUCACACCCCCUUAGUAUCCGAGGCAUACAAAUUUUCGAAAGGGGGAGACUACAAAAUUGAGGCGACAAACCUCUUCUUCUACAAAGACGCAUCCGAUUCCCCAGUUUCCAUCUCAGCGUCCGUCUCCGCCCCGCACCAGGCCAAGCUAUCAGGCAAUCUUGUCUCCCGAGCUCUCGUCAAGCGCUCUCUAGAGUACGCGAGCAAAUCUGAGGAGAUGAAACAGCUUGUUCAUCGAGACACCGAAUCAGGUGCCCUGCACCGACGCGUGCAAUACGACACCUGCAGCCCUUCUCAACAAAGCAUGAUAGAUGAAACCCUGCCUUACGUUAUCCCAUAUUUGGACGAUUCAAUUAGCUGGUUAUAUGCGGUAGUUUCAAGUGGGGAUACACGAUAUGAGACAUGGUUUGGGGAAUAUGCAUUAGCUCGGCAGACCAUAGUGUACGACCAUUUUACGGCGAUCCGGCAGGAUGACGUGACAACUUAUCGAUACGUCUGUGAUUGUAGUAGGGACGUUUAUGGUGCGUCGUCUAUUUCAUACAAGUCUACAAGUAUUUUGUUACUGACUGUGAUGAUAGCAUACGUAUAUCGUAACGAACCCAAGAUUGUCUACCUUUGCACGGUCUUUUGGUCUGCUCCGACCACUGGCAAGGAUUCUAAAGCGGGGACAAUCAUCCAUGAGGCCUCUCACUUCACUAUCAACGGCGGAACGGAGGACUUCGUGUAUGGUCAAACGCUUGCAAUGCUGCUCGCCCAGUCGAAUCCAGAUAAUGCGAUUAUGAAUGCAGAUAAUCACGAGGACGAUCCUGUAGUGAGGAGAUGGGUACCAUACAGGCAAAAAUGGACCGGAGAAAUCAUAAGCUUGGACAAAAACGAGAAAGAAGGGAAUAGCUCUAGAGUCCCCGAACAGCGGAAGGCAGACUGGGACCU